UUGUUUCUAUUAAUAAAAUGAAAUACUGAAUAAAAGGAAAAAUAAAGCUGGUAAAAAUUGUAUCGGACUGCAAUGGCGAGCGGCGGCGGCGGCGGCGGCGGUGGUGGAAAGGUGUCGUUCAAAGUCACGCUUACUUCCGAUCCAAAACUUCCUUUCAAAGUAUUUAGCGUUCCAGAGGCAGCCCCGUUCACCGCAGUUCUGAAAUUUGCAGCGGAGGAAUUCAAAGUGCCUCCCCAAACCAGUGCCAUCAUCACGAACGAUGGAGUAGGAAUUAAUCCGCAGCAGAGUGCAGGGAAUGUCUUUCUUAAACAUGGUUCAGAACUGCGCUUGAUUCCUCGGGACAGAGUUGGUGCUUCGAUGUCAACCUAAUAUCAGAUUCAUAGAUGGAUUUCCCCACCUACAUAUGCAAUAUGCUAAAAAAACCUUGGAUUAGUUCUGCGACCUGAUGGCUCUGUGAUAAACUUUAUCUGAAAAUAAAUAGCAAGAAAUGCUGUUGUAGUGAAUUUAUCUUUGAUUAGUAAAGAUGAAAGUUCUUGACUCAUUUUCAAUGCAAGAACUUGAACUGUUGUCUUAAUUUUAUUAUUCUUAUUUCUUUUUUAA